AUGUUACUGUCUGUUUUUGGCAACGCAGCGCCACAUCAGUCGACAAUUUCCCGUUGGUAUGGAGAAUUCAAACGUGGACGGGUGAGGCUUAGCGACGAUUCCAGGGCGGGUGCACCAAGAACGGCAGUCACUCAGGAAAACGUCGAUGGUGUGCACAAACUCAUCAUUGAAGGUAGACAUGUGACAUAUCGUGAGAUUGAGGCGUCCUUGAAGAUCUCAAAGGCCUCAAUUCAAAAAAUUUUACAUGAAGAAUUAGGACAGCCAGUCACAAAAGUCAUCCGUUCUCGAAGUGUUUCGAAAAAGAUGCAAAGAACUGUUACUGCGGAUUGGUAUACCACCAUGUGUUUGCCAAAAGUCAUCACCAAGCUUCGAAAAAUCAACCCCGAAAGAAGAAUCAUCCUCCACCAAGACAAUGCAAGCUCGCACACAUCCCAAAAAGCAAGGCAGAAAACUCCCGAUCUAAGUCCUAACGAUUUGGAUCUGCCAGCAAACAAGUGGAAUAAGUGCUUCGAAAAUUAUGAAUUUUUGAAACAUUUUCGCGCCAUAAUUUAUUACAACUUUCAGAGACAAUUAUUGCAAGAAGAAUGCCUUGCUGAGUUACUGUCUGUUUUCGACAACGAAGCGCCACAUCAGUCGACAAUUUCCCGUUGGUAUGAAGAAUUCAAACGUGGACGGGUGAGUCUUAACGACGAUCCCAGGGUGGGUGCACCAAAAACGGCAGUCACCCAGGAAAACGUCGAUGCUGUGCGCAAACUCAUCAUUGAAGAUAGACAUCAGCCAGGGUUAAUUGGUGUCAAAAAAACGCUUGACCGUUUUAAUUCCGGAAACUCAAAAAAUGUGUACAGCAUUCUUAGUGGUGAUGAAUCGUGGAUUUACUGUUAUGAACCAGAAAAUAAACGACAGUCGGCUGUUUGGGUGUUCCAAGGUGAAGAAAAGCCAACAAAAUUCAUCGGUUCUCGAAGUGUUUCGAAAAAGAUGGUCGCGCCAUUUGUGUCAAAAGCGGGUCAUAUUGCAGCAAUUCCUCUUAAUGAGCAAAGAACUGUUACUGCGGAUUGGUAUACCACCAUUUGCCAAAACUCGCACACAGCCCAAAAAACAAAGCAGUAUUUAACGGAACAGAACGUGGAAUUAUUGGACCAUCCUCCAUAUAGUCCCGAUCUAAGUCCUUACGAUUUCAUUACUUUCCCGUUCCAGUCACCAGAAGAAGCAUGGAAUAAGUGCUUCGAAAAUUGUUUUGCCUGGAAUGAGAUACCACAGGAGGACAUUGACCACCUGAUCAGAAGCAUGCCUAGGCGCGUUGGAGAAUGCAUAGCACAUCAGGGUGCAUCCACACAUUAUUAA